CGUUGCGUGCGUGCGUGCGUGGUGGCGUGCGUCGAGGUGACGGAGCGGGCCGGACGCGUCCCUUUGUUGGCUCAGCGGCGCCUGUGAGGAGCGGCGGCGGCGGCGGACGGGCGGGCGGGCUUGGUGUGGCGAUCGCUCCGCCGACACGAAAGGAGGCGUGCAAGGCCCGAAGCCUUCGGAUCCCGGUGGGGGGGGCAGGAGGAGGGCGCCGCCCCGCUCGCGGGCCCUUCUCCGCCCGCCUCGCGUGCUCCGGCUGCCGCCGCCCCCCCCCUCACACCCCGCGCGCGCGCCCGCCCGCCCCUCCCGCCGCCAUGGACUCGGACGAAGGCUACAACUAUGAGUUCGACGAGGACGAGGAGUGCAGCGAGGACAGCGGCGCCGAGGAGGAGGACGACGACGAGCCCGACGACGACGACGAGCCCGACGACGACAACCUCGACCUGGGCGAAGUGGAGCUGGUGGAGCCCGGGCUGGGCGUGGGCGGCGAGCGCGACGGGCUGCUGGGCGGCGAGACGGGCGGCCUCGGGCCCGGCGGUGGUGGUGGUGGUGGAGGAGGAGGCCUCGGCGGCAGCGGGCUAGGCGGGCCGGGCCCUGGUGGAGGCGGAGGAGGUGGAGGCGGCCUGGGCCACGAGCAGGAGGAGGAUUACCGCUACGAGGUGCUGACGGCCGAGCAGAUCCUGCAGCACAUGGUGGAGUGCAUCCGAGAGGUCAACGAGGUCAUCCAGAAUCCGGCCACCAUCACCAGGAUACUCCUCAGCCAUUUCAACUGGGAUAAAGAAAAACUGAUGGAGAGGUACUUUGACGGCAACCUGGAGAAGCUCUUUGCGGAAUGUCACGUCAUUAAUCCUAGUAAAAAGUCUCGAACACGUCAGAUGAACACCAGAUCAUCUGCCCAGGACAUGCCGUGUCAGAUCUGCUAUCUCAACUAUCCGAAUUCGUAUUUCACUGGCUUGGAGUGUGGACAUAAGUUUUGCAUGCAGUGCUGGAGUGAAUAUUUAACUACCAAAAUAAUGGAGGAGGGCAUGGGACAGACAAUCUCAUGCCCGGCUCACGGCUGUGAUAUCUUGGUUGAUGACAAUACAGUUAUGCGCCUGAUCACAGAUUCAAAAGUUAAAUUAAAGUACCAGCAUUUAAUAACUAAUAGUUUUGUAGAGUGCAAUCGACUGUUAAAAUGGUGUCCUGCUCCAGAUUGCCACCAUGUUGUCAAAGUACAAUAUCCUGAUGCUAAGCCUGUUCGCUGUAAAUGUGGCCGGCAGUUUUGUUUUAACUGUGGCGAAAACUGGCAUGAUCCUGUUAAAUGCAAGUGGUUAAAGAAAUGGAUUAAGAAGUGUGAUGAUGACAGUGAAACUUCGAAUUGGAUUGCAGCAAACACAAAGGUAACAGUCUCUUCAGCAAACUCUGUCCAGUCUUUCGCUGUCGGUGGCGGAGAAGAGGAACUGGUUAAGGAGUGUCCCAAAUGCCACGUGACCAUCGAAAAAGAUGGCGGCUGCAACCACAUGGUCUGUCGGAACCAGAAUUGUAAAGCAGAGUUUUGCUGGGUGUGUCUCGGCCCGUGGGAGCCGCAUGGAUCUGCCUGGUACAACUGCAACCGCUACAACGAAGAUGAUGCCAAGGCAGCAAGAGAUGCCCAAGAGCGCUCCAGAGCCGCCCUUCAGAGGUACCUCUUCUACUGCAACCGUUACAUGAACCACAUGCAGAGCCUGCGCUUUGAGCACAAACUCUACGCCCAAGUCAAGCAGAAGAUGGAGGAGAUGCAGCAGCACAACAUGUCCUGGAUCGAAGUCCAGUUCCUGAAGAAAGCGGUCGACGUCCUCUGCCAAUGCCGUGCCACGCUCAUGUACACCUACGUCUUUGCCUUCUACCUCAAAAAGAAUAACCAAUCCAUUAUCUUUGAGAAUAAUCAAGCAGACUUGGAAAAUGCUACCGAAGUCCUUUCUGGGUAUCUGGAACGAGAUAUAUCUCAAGACUCACUGCAGGAUAUAAAGCAGAAAGUGCAAGAUAAAUACAGAUACUGCGAGAGUCGGCGAAGGGUGUUAUUGCAACACGUGCACGAAGGCUAUGAAAAGGACCUGUGGGAAUAUAUCGAGGACUGAAAAGUGGCCUGCAUAAAACGAACUCUUGACAAAACCUUUUUUCCCCCCAUCUAGAAUGCUCAUACCAUUAAAACGAAACCCGCAUACACACACACACAGAGACACAACAUAAGAAAAGGGGCGCCACGCCUAUUACACACCCGCUGGUCUGUAGUUAACCGGAAUUCUGUUUCGUUUUUUUUUUUCUUCUUUUUCUCUUUUUUUUUUGUUAAUGGAAAAAAAAAAUUAAGUAAAUUAUAUUGUAAUAAAAAAAAAGGUAGAUAAACCAUUGUGCAACAGUAUUCUAGGUGGCCAGUAACGUGUGACAGACGCACUAAAAACAAAAGCAAGCCCCCCCCCUCCGACUUUUAACUCUGUAGCUUCCUUCCCUGAGCUCACUUUUUUUUUCUUCUCUCUCUCUCUCUCUCUCUCUCCUCCUCUGCAUACGACCGAUGAAAUUUAAAACGGUUUUUUUUGACGCUGCUGUUCAUGUCCAACCAGCCGUUUUGAUGUACUUUGAUAUGAGAUUUCCCGCCCCCUUCCCUCUCCCCCUUCCCUCUCCCCACCCUUCCGUAACAAAUACACACCAGUUCAUGGGUGGUGAAUGUUGUUUGGCUUAUUGUAAAGAUGAUUUUUUGGGGGGUGGGAGGGGAGGGAGGGGAGGGGAGGGGGGAGGAAGGGGCACCAAACAAGGAAAAACAAAACAAAAAAAAGACACUUUGUAUAUGACUUUUAAAAAAAAAAUACGAAAAUGAAAAACAAAAGAGGACAACACAGUAUUUUUCAAAAUUGUAAAUAGCGUAUAUGCAUGGAUAAAAAAAAAAAGGAGCAAGCGUGGCACGUGUUUGCAUAAUGUUUAAUUACAAAAAAAAAAUAUUUAUUCUUUAAAAACCUUCAAGAUGUCUAUUUGCCGUGCAUUUCUUCUUUCUUUUUUCUUUUUCUUUUUGUCCAAUUUGCUUUUGAUUCGGGGAAGGGAUGGGUCGGGAGGGGGCAGUGUGCGCUUCUGUAAACAACUCUAGCUCAAACAAGAUAAAAAUAGAGAAAAUAGAUAAGGGGAAGGGGGUUUAUUUUGUGGGGAGGGGGUUUCCUCUUCCUUCCUUCCACUCCUUGCAACCGAUCCCUGCUUCGGGUGUGUUCCUUGCUGGCAACGAACACCGUCCCUUCGGCACUUCCAGAUUUCUUGGUGUGCGCUUCCCCCGUUUUGGGAAUCAAAAGUGUUGUAAUUCCAAGCUGCCUUUUCUUUUCGGCUUCGAACGGGCCCCGUUUCCUCUCUAACCUCGGCCGUUUUCCCCGUGCGAAAAUCCAAUUCUCUUCUUCCACGGCUGGCUCUUCAUUCAUUCAUGGGAUGGUUUGGGCAUGUGGGUUUAAAAAUGUCUGCGCGGAACAUUCCUUGUGGAUGUGUCGGAUCUUGGCAACCGCUGGGAAAAACCGUGAGAGUUGUUGGUUGAGGAAAAAGUGCUCGGUGCAGCAAACACUCCACCUAGUUGCAAGAACCUAUAGCUGUGUUUUUCAACUUUUGUAACGUUAAGAGAGGUGGACUUCAGUUCCCAGAAUUCCCUAGCCAGCUUUGCUGGCUGGGGAAUUCUAGGAGUUGGAAGUCUGCACCUCAACAUUGCUGAGGUUGAAAAACUGAUUUAUAGUUUCUGGAGCCAUUGAAUCUUAUUUUUUCCCCAAAUGAGGAGGAAAUCAUGAAUCUCAAACUAUACAAGACAUUUUAUAGUCUCUAUUUUUUUUUCUUUCUUUCUUUCUUUCUUUCUUUCUUUCUUUCUUUCUUUCUUUCUUUCUUUCUUUUUUUUUUUGUAAUAAAAGUUACCUUCAAGCACGGUUUGCAAGCUGUUUAUUACUGUGUGGGAGCUUCUUGUGAGUUUUCCCAGCCAGCUUAUAUGGCAGUAUUUCUUAAACUUUCAAAUUCAGAGGGAGAACAAGCUGGACGUACCCCCCAAAAUUCUAGCUGCUUUCCCAAAGGGCUGCUUUUUCUGAUACUUUUUCCCACCCUCUUUUUAAAAGAAACUAUUGUUAAGUUUCCAAUUCAGCUAAUUCCAUCCAUGUGUUCUAGUGACAUUUGUGGUUUGUGCAUUAGGGACGGCUGGCUCGCCCAAAUAGUGCAGGAAUUGUAGGGUUUUGCACAAUCCCGCUAUCGGAUUUUUAAGGGGGUUUCCUGCAAAUGUGUAGGAGAGAUUCGAUUCCCCUGUUUUCGGGCAGCUCAGCUUUGCAUUGGAUGAGACUUAAGUUCUGGUUUUGGCUAAACUUGUGGAUUCCCAAAAACAACCCCAAAUAAUCGUUUUCGGUGUAAGGGAGGGAGAGAGAGAGAAAGAAGGUUGUUUUUUGCUUUGUGACUUCCUACCUGGAAUGAAAGUUCGGAAUGUCCACGGUUUUGGAAAGGUGCAACGGUUUCUUCCAAAAAAAUGUCUUCAUUCAAGCACAAUGCCCUUGUUGCUUGAAUGAUUUUUUCCCUACAGUGCUUUGCAUGCUCCCGAUAAGACAUGGCAAAGGGCUUUCAAUCUAGUUAAGAUGAGAAUGUGUGUGUGUGUGUGUGUGUGUCUGUGUAUCGAUCUUUUUAUCAUCAUCCCUACUUGGAACUAGCUUGACGGGACAAGUGGUCCAUUCCUUUGUGGCCUCCAUCAUGGAAUAAACCCAUUGGGUCUUCCCCACGUGGCGUCUUGCCAUUGCCCCCCACCCACCCCAUAUUAUUAUAACAGUAUGGUUGUUUUUAACGAAAUGUUUAUAAAAGCAUUUGUUGCACUGUAUCUUAUACUUCAGGAGCUCAUAUAACCCCGUGUGUCCAUCUGGGGUCAGGACGGGAGGAGUUUCCUAAAAUUGGGAUUUGCAAAUCGUUUUCAACCCAGUGAUUCUUGGACCCUAGCAACUUGGGGGAGAUGUGUGGACUUCAACUCCCAGAAUUCCCCCAUGCUGGCUGGGGAAUUCUGGGAGUUGAAGCACACGCAUCUCUCCCAAGUUGCUGAGAAACACUGUUCUGUAGGGUUAUUCCUAAAACCUAAUACUCUUCUCCUUCCUUGCUUCCCAAUCCUUUAGAAAACAGCAAAAUUUUCUUUGUUAAAGGACAUUCUCAGCUACUUUUAACCUCGGUUGGUGCAAUCGGUUGAAGAUACGGUCGUGUGCUGCCUCCCUAAGGGCAGAUGGAGGGAGAGUCCUCUUAAGCCAGGGGUCUCCAACCUUGGCAACUUUUAAGACUUGGACUUCAACUCCCAGAAGUCCACAAAGUCUUAAAGUUGCCAAGCUUGGAGACCCCCUCCUCUAAGCCACCCCAGACAGGGGAAAUCCUGGCCUUUUAUCUCAUUAGCUCAUUCUCUUCUACCCCAUUGAAGUGACUGCAUUUGGGUUUUUAUCACUAAUGUAUCAAAACCGUCUUUUUUUUAACGUUUUCAGAACCAUUUAAACUCAACAAGUGUUGUAGUGCAAUUGCUGUAUUAGAAAUCAGUUAUUGUGUGAGACCAGAGUGGUGGUCUUUGGCAAACUUUUCCAUUGUAUAGAAAGCUCCUGUAAUCCAGCCUGUAAGAAAAGUUGAUAAGAUGAAUGGACUGGGCUAUGACUGAAGGCUUGUAAGUUUUUUUUAUUUCUUCCCCCCCCCCCACCCUCCCUCCAUCUUAAAAGACCUCCCAUCUCAUGCUGUGGAAUUAACUGUUCUUAGACGUCAUUGUAACUGGCGGACUGUUCCAUGUUAAGGCUAAUCAGAGGGAGAAACUGCGUUCUAAUUCUAAUAAACUUUUAUUUUGUUAUUU